UCUCAUAAACCCCGUCAGUCCGCACAAGCGUUUCCCAUUACUUCCAAGAGAAGCAGCAGCGCGCUAUUAGGAACUUUUCGUGCGACUUAUGGCACACAACUAGCAGGGUAAACUACCCUCUGAUAUUUUUAUUACCCUUACGGUGAAUGGAAAGUGCUCCUGGAUGGACCUGGGCGAAAACACCUGGUCCAUGGUCAAGCGAGAAGCAUCCAGCAGCCCAGGGUCCCCGGUUGAGCAGACCUACCUGCCCGGUGACAGCAGGAGGGAAGGGCCCACUUCGGAUGAGCUGAGGACUCCUCCGAGCGAGCUUGACGCUCUGGGGCACCGCCGAUCAGACGGCAGAUCGCUACACUCCUACCUUCACUUCGGACACCACAAUAACACCUUGACCACUGCCGAGGACAUCCCGCUGUUUACGGAUUUAGAUCAGGGGAGUAAACUCGUCCUCUCCACCGGAGCGCACAAAGCCAGCCUGCUGGUGGACCCUACCGACAUGUACCAAACACUGGCUAUCGCCGCAGCCCAGAGCCAGACUGGAUAUGAUUCCUCCUCUGGUGGUUAUAUGCACUCCAACCCCAACUCCCACGUUUAUGUCCCCAGCUCGCGGGUAAACCCCAUGAUCUCCAGUCUCUCAUACCUGCAGGCCAGCGGGUCUGCUCAGCCCAGCCACGCUGCCUCCAGUCACUCAGUUUGGUCCCAAUCCACCCCUGAGAGCCCCUCAUACAGCACCGGGAGCCCGCACACUUCCAGUCGUUUCCACUACCCUCCAAGUCCGCCCAUGAAUAACGGGGCACCCAGGGAAACCGGCUACAGUAACACGUUGAAUGUGAGCAGCAGAGAUCAGUACGGCAUCUCUCGUUCCCUCGGUGGGACCUACGCAAGUCCAUACUCUCCUUAUGUUGCACCCCAGCUGUCCUCGCCUUGGACUGGAGGACCCUUUGAUAACACGAUGUUGCACACCUUGCAAAGCAGAGGCGCACCCUUGAUUCGAGCACCAAACGGAGAUAUUCUUGACGACAUGGGGGAGAGCAGAGAGUGUGUAAACUGCGGAUCUAUCUCUACCCCGCUGUGGAGGCGCGACGGCACGGGCCACUUUCUCUGCAACGCCUGCGGCCUUUACAGCAAAAUGAAUGGUCUGAGUCGGCCAUUAAUUAAACCCCCGAAACGGACGUCAACCUCCAGAAGGAUCGGACUCUCUUGCGCCAACUGCCAAACCAGCACGACCACCUUAUGGCGCAGAAACGCGGAGGGAGAGCCAGUGUGUAACGCAUGUGGGCUCUACACAAAAUUACAUGGUGUACCUCGGCCGCUUGCCAUGAAGAAAGAAGGAAUCCAGACCCGAAAAAGAAAACCCAAAACUUUGAGUAAAAGCAAGGGGUCUUCUGGCAAUAACAACCCCGUGUCCAUGACUCCUACCUCGACCUCUUCAUCCAAUUCUGAAGACUGCUCCAAAACCAGCUCUCCGUCAGGACAGGGGUCAGGGGUUAGUUCGUCUGUGCUGUCCAGCUCAGGGGAGGGAACCGGCUCUGGCUCAGCAGUGAAGUACCCAGGACAGGACAGCCUGUACACCAGUGUGGGCUUGACCCAGUCGUCAGAUGUAGCUUCAGUGAGGGGUGAACCCUGGUGCCCCAUGGCUUUAGCUUGAACAUUUAAACCUGAGAGCGGACAGAAACCCUUGCCCCCUCUUCUUUAAGUCUGGAUGCUUGGUAGGGUGGAUGUAUCUGGGGACAAUAUUUGCUGUCUUCCCCCUCAGCUGAUGCAACAAGAAUUGGGGAGGGAGAGAAGAGGAGGGAUGAAAAGACUGUCACUCACACCACCAUCUUAAACCGAGCAUGGAAUAUCUGGGAUUGGGCUCCAGAUUGGUGUGAGGAUUUUGUUGCUUUAGAAAACAACCCUUAAUGGAAGCACCAGGCCAGACGAUUAACCAGGUGGCCUGGUGUGGAUGACUUCUGGACCUGACGUGUACUCUGAUCUCUCCCGUCCACGGCACAGAACCUGAUCUGGGCUCUUUAAAGAAAGCCAUCAUGUACAUAAUGGAUUUCCUUUCUGAAGAAAAAAGCUGUUGAUUGGACAUCAGUGCUUUGUUAAGCACUAAGGACAUUUAGAUUUUUUUUUCCGUAACUGGAAUUGUGCCAUAAGUGCCAAGGCAAUUUUGAUGAAUCAAAAGAAAAAUAUAUUUAUAAAUCUUUCACUGUUGAGAACAUGGUUUUUAACAUUGUUAAUAAAGAUAUCAAUAUAGAGUAGAAGUUAAACAAUUCUGUCUUCUUUUCUAUUUUUUUUUCUCUUUAUAAGUGGUUGUUAGUAGUACAGUAGUGGUGAACAUGCACGCUUCCCACUGAAAGCUCUUACUGUAUGACUGAAACUAGCUUGGUUUAAACAGGGUAUAAAUGUCAGGUAGUGUUUUUGUUUAAUCAUUUACUACAAAAAAAAAGCAAAUAAUCUACUCAUUCAGACUAAUUUUCUUAUGUGAAAACAUGUUGGGGUAGCAGUAAGGUACUAUGCUUAAAAGACUCUUGCAUGUAAAGAAGCUUGAUGAUUUUUUAAUACAGAACGUGAAGAGUAGCUCCACUGACCUUUCUAGAAACUGCUGCGCUAACGUGUAGUGUUUCAUCAUUUUAAUCAAAAUCAGACCAAAGUGGAGCACGAGGUCACUCCUGAACAAAUUCCUGCUACUUUAAUGACUUUUAUUAAUGGAUUUAAUGAUUAAAAAGGAGAGUUGUUGUAUGCUGAAAAGAAAAAAAAUGCAAAUUGAGAUGGAAAAACAACUGCCCCCUGGCUUAAGGGAUGUCAUUAAGUAUAUAUAUACUCUUCCCCUUCUUUCAUUUUGUUGUGAGAGUUUUAAAGUGAAUUCAAUGAAACAGGACAAGAUUAAAACCUGAAGAUGCUUUAAUGAGUGACAGUGAUAAACCCUGGAACAAAAAGAAGCCUCCUCCCCUGCAGUUUGCUUCACGUCGUUCUCUAUUCUGGACUUAUUUAUUUCUUGAUUUCUAAUGUGUUUCUUUUUUUUUUCUUUAUAUUUUUUCAUCAUGACAUCAUGACAAAUUAUUUUAUUUAAAAUUGAGUCCAAUAAAUUGUUCUUGUGAUGCAAAUAAAUGUAAAGUUUGUUUUCAAAGAGCAGCGUUAUUUCAGAGUCAGGCCAUCAGUGUUUGUAAGUUGUGGGGAGAAAAAAAAAAAGCGUGUUCUUGGGUUCUCACACAUUCUUUUGUGUGAGUCAUUCACAUUCAUGCUUUCACUCCCUGUUUCUGCUUUGCUGAACAAAAACGUCACUUUUUCUAAAAUGUCUUUGUGACUAGAAAAAAAAGAGAACAACUAAUGCAAGUCUAAAAUAAGAAAAAAAUAAAAAUGGAGAUUUCUCGUUUACAUCUCAAGCCAAAAAAGACGUUUACAGAUUAAGAUUUCCAACUUUACUAAUAGGUUUUCAUCCUUCUUUCCACUUUAUACUUAUGAUUUAUUAAAGCAAGUCUUUAUUCUUCCUGACAACAUUUUUACUCAAGAGUUUUUCCUUUUCUACUCGCCUCCCUCCGAGGGGCUCGGAGCACAAACCACUUUCCUGUGUCCUCUUGAACCAGCCGCUCAAAGUACCUGUCACAGUGUUUACUGUACUGAAGAGAAUAUGGCCUGUGAGUAAUACCACAUGAAAAGAUUUUAGAGAUGGUUAAGAUUUACGUCUGGGCUUAGCGUUAUCUGUCUGCUCUUUGACACAUUGAUCUAGCUAAGUUUAUUGAGUGUGGAGGAAUGUGCUACACUGCCUAACAGCCGCAUGCAAAGCUUGGAGGUGAACUCUCUUUUUUUAUGCUGUUUGUCUUUCCGUUGCUAAAUUUGUACUUUUGACAUGUGAUCAUUGUUGUUUGUUUUUCACAAAUGAUAAUCCAUCAUAAAAUUUGAUUUUUUUUUUUUUUAUCAUUAAUGCUACUUAUGGUUAAGUAUGACUGAAUAUGAAAUCUGAAAACAUUUGUGUAAAUGUUUUUUCUUGGUGUUGCAUAAAACCUGGUUUGGACAAUGAGA